UUUCCCACCUUUUGGCUCCCCCUGUUCCGCUUCCUCUCCUCCUCCCCCACCCAUGGCCCGCCCCAAAAAGGCCAAGGCGGCGCCUACGCCGGCGCCAGCGCCGCCGCCGGUCUGCGAGGCGCUGCUGCUGGCGACGGUCUGCAUGGUCGGCCUGCCCGUGGAGGUGCGCGUCCGCGACGGAUCCGCCUACGCCGGCGUCUUCCACACCGCCUGCGUCGACGGCGGAUACGGUGUUGUGCUAAAGAAAUCAAGGAAGAUUGCAAAUGGGAAGGAUGAGGCCAAUAUAUCGCUGGGAGCUUUCAUGGAUACUCUCGUUGUUCUCCCUGAUGAUCUUGUUCAAGUGGUUGCAAAGGAUGUUUCCCUUCCUACUAAAAAUAAUUUUAAAACUGCUGCCUGUGACGUGGUGCCUGCCAGUGGAUCAGUGGACCCUCAAACUUCACAUUUAAAAGAUCCAAAAGCAUCCAGACAGGUUGAGAAGUGCAGCAGGCUGUAUCAAACGAGUGAUAUCUCCGUUGGGAAAAUUGCUCAAUUGAACAGUAAUGCUAUAAGUUUUAUCUCUCCAAUGGAGCAUGUAGCUCCAGAUGGGAUUUCAAGUUCUGCUGCUGUUGGAUCAAAAGAGGGAAAUGCUACCAUUUUAGUUUUAAGUACUCCAGUGGUAGCUCCAAAUGUUAAAACCUCUCAGCCAACCAAUAGUUCAGCUACAAAAAUAUUCAUGUCAAGCAAAAGCACUUGUAAGGAAUCCAAACUCAACCCCCAUGCUAAGGUCUUCUCUCCAUCUUUUGCAAGUUCCAGACCGGUACUUGCAGUUGCACCCCCUGUUAACCCAAACUACAUCUCAAACUCUGUCGCUGGAGUUCCAACUGGUGUACCUGUAUUUGAAGCUCACUCUCUGCCAGGCAGUUCAUCUCUAUCCAGCAAGGUUGUUCAUUAUAAUAACCUGGCUCCUGGAAACUUUGGCGCUUCACCUCAGUAUGUUCAAUCAAUUGUGGGGCAUAAUGUGACCAGGCUAGAUCCUGCUAGACUUGGCACACCAUAUCACCCCUUGCAAGUGGGAUCAGCCUUUAUCAACCCUAGUCCUCAGCCUGUGGUUGAUGGGAAGUUCAGUCCAGUUGUUUAUGUUCAUCCAGUUAUGCAGGAUUCUAUGCAUGGAACACCUGUUAUUUCCCAAGGAUGGCCUCAUCCUGUGUUGUUGAACUCAUAUCAAGCUGGCUUGCAAAAGUUUCAAGGCACUACCCCAAUCUAUGGGGCUCCGCCAGUCAUGGUAACGGGGAACCUGCCCAUGGUGGUACCAAACCCUGCACCGCUUGUGCAGCCAUUCCAGGCCAUCCAUCCAAUCAUGGUUCCUUCAGCUACCAACAUGUUUCCAGGCAAAUACAUGUAAAUUUGGCAUAGCAAUGUGAUUUCUGCUUUCAUUGGAAGAAUCUUGGUUUACCCCUUUGGUUAUGGGGUAUACACCGAGGACUCGCAGUUUUGCCUACCCUGUCAAUUCACCUACUAGUUGCUGGUCAUUGUCCGUCUUUUUAUUGGGAGGACUUGCAACGUUUGCCAUAAGUCAUGCUCGGUGUGGGUUAUGGAUUAAUUUUUGGGCUGAGUUAAUGGGAGGAGUUGAUAUGAAAUAGAGAGGAGAUUGAAGCAAUUCUUGGUCUUUUGCCUUUGGAGAUAGCAGUAUGUACAAUGAGACACUGUAAAAGAGUUACAUAGUUUUUCCAUCUUGCAAGUGUAGCAUUCCUGUUAUAGUGUCAUCUUUUGUUAAGUGUAAUUCUGCUAUUGUUGUAAUUUCAUACGUAGCCUGUACAAUCAAAGCUUUCAGUAAUUUUGAUUCCCGUAAAUUAAGCCCUAUGAGCUGAGAUGUACGCGAGAGCAAA